UUAAUUGCAUUUGCAAUGGCCAACGAUACGUUGGAUAGCCAACUUGCCCCCAAGCGCCAUCGUUUUUCAACUAACAACAAAAUGACAAAGUCCUUGGACAGUCAACAGCCAAAAGCCUCAAAUCGUGUUCCAAAAUGUGCUCGAUGUCGCAAUCAUGGCAUCAUUUCCGAAUUACGUGGACAUAAGAAACUCUGCACCUACAAGAGCUGCAAGUGCGCCAAGUGCGUGCUAAUCUUCGAACGUCAACGUAUAAUGGCAGCCCAGGUUGCCCUGAAGCGUCAGCAGGCGGUGGAGGAUGCGAUUGCACUGCGUCUGGUGGCCAACAAGACGGGACGCAAGAUCGAUACUUUGCCGCCGGGCAGCAUCUUUGGCCUAACAGUUACUAAGCCCAAGGAGCAGCAGAUGCUCCAGGAGGAGGCAAAGAGUCCACAACAAGCGGAUGACGAGACAAACGAGGAGCAGCCGCUUCAAGAGCAGCCAGAAAAGGAAACCGAAGUAAUUGCCGUAGCUCAAGAUCUGAGUGCUCCACGCCGUGAGAUUGUCUCGCAGACAGCCAUCGAUAUGCUCUCGCAGCUGUUUCCGCAGCGCAAGCGAUCUGUGCUGGAGUUGGUGCUGAAACGCUGCGAUCUAGAUUUGAUACGCGCCAUCGAGAACGUUUCGCCGCCGGCUGACCAGACGACCAGCAGAGAGUUGCUGCUGCCCCCGCCUCCGCCGCCGCCACCGUUGCCACAAACCCUCCAGCUGACGAUGCCACAACGCAGCAGCGCCUUUCGACCCGUCAUUGCCGAGCAGUACCCAGAGAAGUCAUCGGCUGCAGCAGCUGCGAUUUGCGCCUAUCCCAAGUGGUUUGUGCCCCUCUCGUUUCCAGUUACCAUGGGUCACCUCUCGAAUCUGGCGCCUCGUUGCACGCUGCCCAAUUGCAAUUGCUUGGAGAGCUAUCAGUUCCACUAAUGAAGUCAGGUCAAAGGUUCUUUGCUCAUAUAAAAUAAAUUUAUUUAAACUAAA